UUCAAAAUAAGACGUUCAACAACAGGACCGGUGCUGGCGGUCACGUGAUUUUCGGCAGGGGGAGCGACACAUCUUGCGGCAAUAUUUACUCUUUGAAAGGUCAGCCCGGAAGAUUUGGUAGGCGAUGAUGAAGCGGUAAAUCAAGGGGAGUUUCCUGUCUCACUGCAGGAAUGCCGGGCGGAGAGUACGGCGAGCUCGAUGGCAGCCUCCCUGCCAUCACCUCCCUGAACGCUUCCUACUCGACGACCCUGUCCAUCCCGUCCCCGUACCUGUUCAUACCGCCCGCGGAGCGCAAGGCCAUCUCUGAUGUCCGGCGCACCUUCUGUCUCUUUGUGACGUUCGACCUGCUCUUCAUCUCCCUCCUGUGGAUCAUUGAGCUUAACAUCUCCAGCUCCAUCAAGGACAGCUUAGAGAAAGAGGUCAUCCACUAUGACUACACGUCUUCCUUCUUUGACAUCUUUCUGCUCGCUGUGUUUCGUUUCCUGUGUUUACAAGUGGGUUAUGCUGCCUUCCGUUUGAAGCACUGGUGGGUUAUUGCGGUCACCACUCUAGUGACCAGCGUCUUCCUUGUCGUAAAGGUCAUCGUAUCUAAUCUGCUGUCCCAGAAUGCCUUUGGCUACGUGCUGCCCAUCACUUCCUUUGUGGUGGCCUGGUUGGAGACCUGGUUCCUCGACUUCAAGGUGCUCACUCAGGAGGCCGACGAUGAAAGAGCCUACCUGGCGGCGGUGAACGCAGCCUGCGAGCGAGCCCCCAUGAUCUACCCCCGCGCUGUUUCAGACGGACAGUUCUACUCGCCGCCUGAAUCCAUCGCAGGCUCUGAGGAGGAUCUGGAUGAGGAGGGUCUUGGGCGCAGAGCUGUCACUGCACAGGAGAAGGAGUAUGUCAGACAGGGUCGAGAGGCCAUGUCUGUGGUGGAGCAGAUCCUAGCCCAGGAGGACAACUGGAAGUUUGAGAAAAACAACGACAUGGGCGACUCUGUCUAUACUCUGGAGAUUCCCUACCACGGAAAGACUUUCAUUCUCAAGGCCUUCAUGCAGUGUCCCGCUGAGCUUGUGUAUCAGGAGGUUAUCCUGCAACCAGAGAAGAUGGUCCAGUGGAACAAAACUGUUUCCGCCUGCCAGAUCCUUCAGCGGGUUGACGACAACACUAUGGUAUCAUAUGAUGUCUCCUCUGGUGCAGCAGGCGGAGUUGUGUCUGUGAGGGACUUUGUUAAUGUUCGGCGGGUGGAACGCAAGCGAGACUGCUAUCUGUCUGCUGGCAUGGCAACCGACCAUGAAGCCAAACCUCCGUGCGGUCGCUACGUCAGGGGGGAGAACGGUCCGGGAGGAUUUGUGGUCCUCAAAUCCAGCAGUAAUCCGUCCGUCUGCACCUUCAUCUGGGUCCUCAACACGGACUUGAAGGGCCGACUGCCCCGCUACCUCAUCCACCAGAGUCUGGCUGCCACCAUGUUUGAAUUCAUGUCCCAUUUACGCCAACGGAUCACCGAUCUGCGGCCUUCUCAUCGCUCCCACCACCACAUUUAAAGCGGGAGAGACGUCCAACUGUGCCACGGGUGGCUGAGAGGUGUCGCUACUGUUGUCUUCGAGCGGACCAAUGGGAGUGGCGGUACCCUUUGUGAUGCAUCUAAGCUGAAGGGAUGUGCUACACUUACUGAGAAGACUCUGGAGAUGUGAGACUGACCGUGACCACACAUUCGCCACAUUUCAGCAACAGGAGAGGAGGAGUAAUUUGGUUGUCAAAGACAAUGUUCCUCCUCACUCUCAAACUUUAUUUUUGAGGCGUGGUCACACACAUAGUUUGAUGCGGACCUGUACUUUGUUUUGUUUUGUGUCCUUCACUGUGCAAUGAGAACUGAUUUUUUUUCCCUGAGCCUGCCAAGUGAUCUUGUGGCAGGGUGGACAUUACUGAAACAAGCAAACCUAGAUGAAGACAUUAGUGAUUCUCACUGGGUGGGCAUCUGUCUCUCUUGUUACAAAUGAACUAAUAUAAUGGCAUGAAGCAGCUGUCUCUCUGAGCCUUAUCUAACUACACACAUUGUUAGCCUUUGAUUUGCUGCUUUAUGUGGCUUUUUUUCUUUUUAAAUGAUUUUGUCUGUUUUUUCACUACUGGUGCAACUGCCCACCCCCCCAAAAAACAAAAACAAAUCCACCCUUCACAGCCAUAUUUAGCAGUUAAUUUGAAUGAGUAAAAAGCUAUUUUUUACAGUUUAUUCUCCUGUGCUUCACUGUGAUGGAUGAAGGAGGAAGUCACUCGUCGUCUAAUCACCACUAGAGGGAGACACCACUGAACCACAGAGUGAAAACCUCUAGGUUUGACGUCAUUCCCGAUCCCAGGGUGCAAAAGAUCUAUCAGCUGACAUUUAAUCACCUCUUUUUCAUUUUGCUUUGCACUUAGGGAUCGGCAAGAAGGUCAAACCAGGAGUCAGAUCUAAGUCUCUUACAAAUGCAUUAUCAAGCUUGGCUCAAACUAUGAUAAUGUUUAUUAAUUAGGAUGCUGUAUACCUCCUAAAGCUAUCUUUGGUGCCAAUCACCUCAAGUAGCCUUGUGGUGAAAUAGCUGAACUCAUUAUUUGUCACCAAGUUAUUACUGCAUAUGAUUUCCAUUGGUUAGUGCUGGUCUGUCCUCCAGGCUCCAACACGUGGCACUGAUCGAGGUUUUUCUAUCAAAUUUCUUGCAUCAUGGAGCAUUUUGUGGUUUUUAAUUAUUUAGAAAUGUUUCAAGUUUCAAGUUUUAGUUGUGUUUUCAAAGACUGCACCUCAGAAUAUCAUGAUUUGACAUUGCAUAUGUGAUGAAAGCUGGCGAAAGGCAGAAGUCUGGCUGUAUGUUCAAUUCACUGUGGAGCUGAACCAAAGGAAGUUUUUCCAUGAGAAAUAGGGCAUCAAACUUUGGCUAGUUCCUACACAGUUUGAAGGAGCAUGUUUAUGGGUGUAACUGAUGUGUCGAUUAUAAUGUGAUCAUUUAUUGCGUUACACAUAACGUGGCCACAUGGCCCGGAGGCAUUUUACUUCGUAAGCUUGUUACGUGUGAAUGCCGUCAUCAAGGUCUGGAGUUACUUCUUCUUACAUGCGGUUAUUGACAUUUAACUGUAUCAUUGCUCAAAGCUGAUUUUAGAUUCUGCGUACUACACAGAGGGAACACAGAGGGAGUGUCAAAUCAAGGUAAUUUAUGAUAUCAACAAUUGUGUGCCUUUUAUCACAGUAACAUUAAAUAUCGGCCUUUUUCUUUUUGCUUUGCAUUUGUUUUAUACUGUUAACUCGAUGCUUGAUACCUUCCGCAGAGGCAUACUGUACGCAAAUGCUGUCUGCCUGAGAACUUUGGUUUUUUUGAAUGUAUGUGUGGAUCUUUCAUCAAACAUGUUAAUUUAAAGCCAUCACAAGAAUACUGACCAACAGUUUUUGAGUCUUAACCAGUGUCUUAUGUCUAAUAAAAUGUAUGAAUUCAUGA